AUGCUGAAACGUGUCCUGUGCUACACUCUGCUGCUUGGCUUGGCUGUCAGCAGCAAUGAGGAUGUCACGCAGCCGGCUGUCAGCAGCAAUGAGGAUGUCACGCAGCCGGUUGUCGCGGCACCAGCUGGCAGAUUCCGUGGCAGCAUUCUCACAUCUCUAAGCGGCAACAAAUAUGCAGCCUAUAAAGGUAUUCCUUAUGCUCUGCCGCCGACCGGGGAACGCAGAUUUGCCUUGCCAGAGGCGUAUCCUCAAAACGAGGAGGAUGUUUACGACGCCUCAGAGUUUGGUCCAAUUUGUUUUCAGCACGUAGACGAAGUCAGUUAUGGGCAGGAGGACUGUCUGUUCCUAAAUGUUUACACACCGCUCAUUGAUGAGGACGUGACAGAUGCCGAACAGAAGAAAGUUCUUGUGUUUAUCCACGGCGGUGGGUUCGUCUCAGGAGCUUCAAAUGUUUUCAUCCCUGGAGAUCUUGUCACCCAGGGCGAUGUGCUAGUGGUGACACUCAACUACAGACUGGGAUGGCUGGGUUUUCUCAGGGGAGACCCCGACAUCCUUCCUGGCAACCAAGCCUUCCAUGACCAGAUCCUGGCCUUGAGAUGGGUCAAAGCAAACAUUGCAGCUUUUGGUGGAGACCCCGAUGACGUCACACUCUCUGGAGAGUCUGCGGGAGCUAUCAGUGUCUCCAUCUUGAGUCUCUCGCCGUUAGCAAGCCAUCUAUUCAGUAGAGCAAUCCUAAUGAGUGGUACCGGGUUUUCAUUCCCAGCCCCGCCACAAGAAUCACGUGACUUACUGGAGAUAGUUCAGAAAGUAGUUGGUUGUGAUUGUGUCAACAAUACACUGUCCUGUAUCCAGCGGCGGCCUGCUGAGAAAUUUGAAAUGAUCUUCUCUUACGCGUUAGCCUCUAAACUGCCAUCAUCAGGUGAUGCCUUUCUACCCAAUCCUAUUCCAGUGCUGGUCAAUGACGUGAAGUAUCUCGAUACUGUAGGUUUCUUCAACAGGGACUAUCUUGUCAGUAUUACAAAACAUGACGGAUACGUUCGAAUCAAUUCACAGUUUGGAAAACUCAAUAUUACCUCUCUAGAAUCCAGCAUUACUGGCAUCUCUGAACUUGUGCAGUUACCUGAACAUGUGGGGAAAUCUCUGUUGCUGGAGUAUUUGAAGUUGUAUGAAGACUUGGAGAAAGCUGUCAUCGCUCUCAACACGGAUUACUUCUAUCUCCAGCGUAGUCAUUAUUUUCUGAAUGUGUUUGGAAAACGUCCAAAUCAAGUUGCACAAUCUGUGCAAACUAACAUUUACUUCAUGUCUUUUGACCCUGCUCCAAAGUUCUUUCCGAAACAGUAUGCAGUUCACGCUGUGGAUCUAGUCUAUCUGUUUGAUAUUGUGCCCAAGCAGUUUUUGGAGGGCGCCUACUAUUUGAAGAUGGAAGGAGAUUUAUCCGAAGACGACAAGGUUUUCAAAUCUGCGUUCAUUGAUCUGGUGGCAACUUUUCUAAAAACGGGAAACCCAAAUGGCUACUUAAAGAAGGAGAAAAGCGUAAUUUGGCCACCAUAUGAUGAUGCGAACAAGAAUUACCUGAGCUUCUCACUGGAUCCCUCAGUUCGUCAGAACUUGUAUGGCGAGAGACGUAUCAUCUGGGAUCAGCUGUUACCUCAGUGGAAGAAAGAAUAUGAGUCCCUGCAAUCCAAACAGGAUCUCUAG